GCCUUGUUUACAUACAGCACUUGACGAAACGACGAGUUAAAUUGAGCUUUUAUAGUAAGGUUUACUUCAUAGGACAUUACUGCAAGAAACACAUUAAAUCGCUUGUUACUCUUAGCAAUGGAACUCGAAUCUACUCGUUCCCAAUCAGUAGUAUCUUCAGGUCACCACUGUAUGUAUCCAACCUUUCGCACUAUCUCACUCAAAUGCAAACGCAAUCGCCGAGCCAUUAAUUCUCCAAACGAAAGUAUUAUCAAGAGAUUCUUUCGUUCUCUCUCGUAUUUUUCUGUCCCUCCUUCUGGUAUACUGUUUUUAGUUCUGACUAUUACAGCCGGAAAACGUCUUGCUCAUCAAGAUUAAACUUUUAUUAAACGAACGCACAUGACUACCUUAUAAUAAUUUAAAGCCACCCGCAUAUUAGUACUACGUCAUUUUAUAUUGCUCUCCCGGAUUUCAUCUCAUUUAGCGGUUCGCUUUCUCCCUUGAACCUCUUUUCAUUGGCCAUCUCUCCGCCUCCACUUUUUGUAAAUGACGUCAGGUUUAAGUGCUUUAAUUGGCGAGGCAUGUGCUAGAAAAAACCAUCUCUUUAUCGAACCGCAGUCGCUUACGAGCCAAUCGAAACUGAACAUCUUCGCGUAUUCGGCUAAUCCAUUUUGCUCGGCUACUCCUUUCUCACCUUCUCGCACCCUUUACCCUCUACCAACAUCCACC